CUUAUUUUUUCCUAUUCAGCCAAUGGGACGAGAGAAUGUGAUUACAACGUCUGUGUGUAAAGCAUUAAGAAGGAAGCGUCACGGUGCAGUGUAACUAAAGUUUUUAGGAUGGCAGACAAGGUUUUGAAUCCAGGACCCUGGACAGGAUGCGCCGUUCUGUUUCUGCAGUCGCUCUGUCCAGAUGCAAAUCUGCUCUCCCUCUACAAAGACGACCAGCAGGGAAAGUUCAUCUUUUUUAAAGUCAUCAAAUUGACACUAAUAGAUUCCGCUGGAGGUCUGGGAGGUUACGAGAUACUCAAGUUUCACGAUGCCGAUCCCUUCCUCGGUGUGGAGGUGAAGUUUAUGGAUCUAGCGGCGUGUCAACAGUUCCUAGAGAGCUACAGCUCUGGAGCGGUGCGUCAGUCCAUCUCUCAACACGCCUGUCGGCUCCUCGCGCUGGCACAAGAGUUCACCGUGGAGACGCAGCUCAAGGCCGGAACACAUGUCUUGGAUCAAUGUCUGGACAAGCUGGAGCUUUGUCUACAGCAAAUUCACCUGUCACAGCCCGAGCGCCUGCGUGAUGAAGAGAUCGAUCAGCUUGAGAAGCUGCUGCGGCCUCCUGCCCAGCGGAUCCCCAGCAACUGCUUCAGGUUUCAGAAUAAAGUGUUUGAGGAUCGAAUGCUGACGGCAGCAGAUGUUCAGCGCUUCGCUAAUGGGGUGGGCCGUCAGUGGAAGCACGUGGGGAGGACCCUGGGGAGGGAGUGCGGCGCUCUGAAAGAUACGGCCAUUGACAACCUGGCCUACGAGUACGCCAGAGAGGGCCUGUACGAGCAGGCCUAUCAGCUCCUCAGCCGCUUCGUCCAGGCGGAGGGGAGGGCGGCCAAGCUGAGCCGGCUGGUCAAAGCGCUGGAGGACUGCAAACUCACCAGCCUGGCCGAAUCCAUUCUGGACGUACAGCCAUGAGAAUGACAUGGCUUUUGUGGCAUACGAACACGCAGGCGGAGCGGUCGUGAAGAGGGCAUGCCUCGCCCCCGUGGACUUUGUCCCUCCUGCUUUUACAUACAGAUUGUCGGUUCUUUAUUGCAAUCAUUGAAAAUGAUUCCUUUGAGCAUGUUUGUGUGUAUUUCUGAUCAUAGCUUUUAUAUUCAGGGGUGUCAAACCCAUUGUAGUUAAGGUGGGCCAGACCAGUAAAAUCAUAUCUUAAUUAUUUUAAGUAACAAUAAGAUGCCUUUCCCUCCUUUCUCAUUAGUAAAAUCUUGAAUUAAACUUUUAAAAAACAAAAAUGUCAGAUUUCUUAAGAAAAAAUAUUCAGUUCAUCUUCAGUUUAUCAUCGUGUGUGUGCUUCAUAGCUAAUCACAGUGAUUGUAUAAUCGGCACAAACAUUUUUAAAUCACAGGUAUUUGGAAUUUAAACAUUUUGAUUGGCACUUUAAAAACAAAUCAACACGUAAUGAUUCUCAAAACCUAAAUCGACUCGCACAGCACAUAAUUGCAGGGUGGCUGCAGUAUUGUUUCACUUUCAGAUUCAUCCUGUGGGCCGCAUUGAAGCCCCGCGUGUUUUGACACCGCAGAUUUAGAUGAAGGCAAGUGGUGCUGCACGAGUGGAUUCUCUGUAUUAUUUCAAAUGAUUUCAACUUUAUUUUUGCUUUAGAAGUCUCUCUACGCAUGGAAGCUGUUUGGAUCUCCUUUCUAAUGACUGCACAACUGAAGGUUAUUGAUUUUUAUUUUAUUUUAUUUAUUUUUUUCCCCCUGUACAAAAU